AUACAGUUCUUUGCCCUCAUCCCAGCUGAAACGGCUCCCCAUUCCCCAGCUGGCGUCUCCAAACUGCUUGGUAGUCACCUGGGUAACAAACAGGCCCAGCCACCUUCGCUUCGUGUGCGACGAGCUGUAUCCACACUGGAACGUGCAGGUCGUGGCUAAAUGGUUCUGGGUCAAGGUCACCACUUUGGGUCAGUUUGUGUUUCCUCUUGAUUCCCAGCACAAGAAGCCGUAUGAAACGCUGGUGCUGGGCAGAUAUCGGUCCUCUGCUUCCCCGAGCGUCUCAGAGAUGAAAGAAGUUCUGAUAGAAGAUAACCGCUUGAUCGUCAGCGUCCCGUCAGCUCUACACUCCCAGAAGCCCUCACUCUCUGAGGUAUUGAAGCCUUAUAUUAGGCCUGGAGCGGAGUGCUUGGAGCUGUUCGCUCGCAGUCUGCAGCCUGGAUGGACAAGCUGGGGCAACGAGGUGCUGAAAUUUCAGCACAGCAGCUACUUCACUUUGACACCUGCAGAUGAUCCGGCAGACACCUCUAAAGAGGAGGCUCCCGAUGGGCCUUCAGCUGCUCCAGCGCUCAGUUCCCCCCACCACGCCAACUAAUGACUGGUGCCAAGCGCCUUUCACAUCAGAUUCUCCCUUUGUUUUUAAUAAAGAUUCAGCACCAAAAA